CUGGUAUAAAUUGUCAAAAUUUUAUGCCACCAUUAUGUGUUCCAGCAGAUGGUCAAAAUUUCCGGUUGGUUCUGUUCCGGUGCGUUAAUCUCACAACUGUUAAAAAUCCGUUCGUAAAAUGUACAAACAAGCCGUAGAUAAUUUAAUUGAAGAAAUAACAGUCGGGUAGUAGGAGAGCACAUGUGAACGAGUUAACCUUACCUGCAAGAGAGGAAAGUUAAACACAGCAGCUUAGUUCUCUCAACCGAUUGUGCUUUUGUUGUCUUUAAGUGUUUUUAUUCUACGUUCGAAAAGCUAUGGGAAACAAGCUUUGUAAAAAGAAAUCGGAUGUUCCGGAUAAUCCCAAAUCGCCGACACCUUUCGAUAGGAUCAUUAAUAGAUUACAUCUACGUCCAAAUUCGUGGAAAUCGGAUUCACACUUGAACCAGAAACAGGUCAAUAGAUUCAAAACGAAUCCGAAUGAUCCAUCUUCCAAAAAAGAAAACAUAGUUCAAGCCCAACUCUUGUCCAAAUCUUCCGACUGGACGGACGUUGCCCUGGAAGUCCCAGAAAAAGACGAAGCAAUACAUCUACGCAACCCUAAACUGUCUUUCAUUUUCGACAACAGCAGCACCACCCCAACACCUCCCCCGAGAAAACACAAGAAGGGUUUUAGAGAAAAAAUCGAAGCUGUAGCCAAAAACGGCUUGCAAGCAUUCCAGUCGAAAAAACCAGUCGAGGAACCUCUUUGUGUUAAGAAAACUGUCAAGCACACUUGCCCAUUGGACGACCAUGAUUGUGCCAUUCACAACCGAAAUCAUGUACACAAAACGAACGAAGCAAACGAAAACAAGGAUAAGAAAAAUAUGGAAAACGAAUUGAAACAAGCGAAAAGGAGGAAAAAUUUGUCAGUUGUGUCCUUACCGAAUUAUAAUGAGUUGAAACUAUCAGUUGCAACUUUUGAGGAUGUUGAUAAAAAUCAAGACAAGUCUCUUAAUAAUUCCCUAGUAUCUCUUCCAACCGAGUCAAAGAAGUUGACAUCGACGGCGUCCACAGGGAAGCUUGAGACGUGUAUGACUAGAUGUAGGAGUUUUGGGUCUUUGUUGCCUCAGCAGCUUUUGGAGAAAUUGAAGAUAAGAAAAGUCCCGAUUGAUAUAGAAAGUGACGAUUCUUUUGGAGGUUUGGAAGACUGGGAUCUUAGGAUUAUCGAGCAUUACAAUCCCAAAGACACAAGUUUGCCGAGACAAAAUCAUGGUUCGAAAACCAGCAAAGACGUUCUUUCAGAUGUUGAAAGUUUAGUCGUUAAAGAUAUAGAUAUUGAACAGCCCAAAGCCCCAGCUCGAAGAUCUGAAUCCCUCUUGAAAAAAAUUAACAGAGAGGCGUCAGAAUCGGCCGUGGAGCGAAGAUCUCAAGUGUCAAAUUGCGACAGAGGUGUUAGUCCAACUCCGCCCCCCUCGCCCGAACGUAAAGAAGAAACUUCUUAUAUUUCUGCUGAUAAAUUAGCGACUGAAGAGAACGGACAAGUUGAGCAUUCUAGUUUAAUGAAAAUUCUGGAAGAAUUUAGCAUAAAAGAUAAACAGAGGACGAUUAUUAAAGAGGAUAAAAAUAGUGAAGAACCGAUGAAUAAUUCUCUAAUAAUUCCGAACAGUGAACUCCAAAAAAAGAUCGAUUCAGUGGAGGAUUUUCUCAACAACGAGAAGUUGUACACCAAUAGGGACAUGCAGCAUUCUAAAUUAGGUAAUAUGGAAAUGGUCAAGACGUGAAACAGAGCGAGUUUAGUGAUGAUGAUGUCAUUUUUAAUAGGCUAUGCUCCUACGUGAAAUUCUUGUGAUCCGAAAUUGUUGAUUUUAUUUUUGUAUUUAAAUUAUAAUUAAACGUAAAGAAUUGUAAAAUUGUUAGUUUUGUAAUCAAUUAGGUAAUUUGUAAUUAUUGUAGGUAACUUUGUAGAGUGUACUACCUGUUGUUUAAAUUAUUUUUGUGAUUAACAUUUUAUUUUGUCAAACGUCUUAAUUGUUAUCUUUGUUUACUCAAUUGUAAGUUUUGAAAAUUUUCGGCAGACCAAUAUUUGUGUCAUUUGUUGUACAUAUUUAUUUAUUUUAAUUAAAUAUUGAUGUGGUUCCUUUUAA